AUGCCAGCGCGGAAAAGAGCAGCGGCCUCGCCGCCCGAAGACGAACCUCGUAGACGACCGCGACGGACUACGAGUACGCCCAAGAAGAGCGCGUAUUUCGAUGACGAGAGCGACGAGAGCGACGAGAGCGCUGAUUUCAAGGCAGAAGACUUGUCCGAGGACGAAGAAGACGAAAAAGACGAGGAGAUUGAGCAUAAGCCGCCGAAGCGCGGGCGCGGACGGCCCCCUACGAAGGCCAAGGCCAAGGCCAAAUCGCCCAUCGUAAAGCGGAACGGGACAAAACUGAAAAAGGGCAAGAAGAGCAAGGAAGAGGAGGAAGAAGACGUGGACGAAUACAAGGAGAAGGAAACUUCAGAGGAAGAAGAUGACGAGGAUGAGGAGGACGACGACGAUGCGGCUCCGCGCGUGACGAUUACAAAACUGAUCGGCCUGCGGCCUCUAGACGGGGUCGAGUACGCCGACACGAAGCUGCACAAGAACACGCUCGCCUUCCUCCGGGAUCUGCGAGCCAACAACACGAGGCCCUGGCUGAAAUCCCACGACGGCGAAUACCGCCGCGCCCUCGCCGACUUCAACACCUUCAUCGAGGCGCUGACGCCGCUCGUCUCCGAGGCCGACGAGACGGUCCCCGAGCUGCCGCUGCGCGACCUCACGUUCCGCAUCCACCGCGACAUGCGCUUCAGCAAGAACCCGACACCCUACAAGCCCCAUUUUGGCGCCGCCUGGUCGCGCACCGGGCGCAAGGGCCCCUACGCCUGCUACUACCUCCACGUCGAGCCCGGCAGCGCCUUUCUCGGCGGCGGCCUGUGGUGUCCGCCCGCCGAGCAGGUGCGCGCCCUGCGCGAGAGCGUCGAUGCGCGCCCGGCGCGGUGGCGUGCCGUCCUCAACGGGCCCGUCUUCAAGCGGAUGUAUCUCGAGGGCAAGGGCAAGGGCAAGGGGGACGAGGAGGCGGUGGAUGCGUUUUGCAAGGGCAAUCAGGAGAAUGCGCUCAAGACGAAACCAAAGGGCUGGGAGGCAGACCAUCGUGACAUUGGGCUCCUCAAGCUGAGGAGCUACACGGUGGGGGCCAAGAUUGAGGACGGGCUCUUCGCGCGGGAGGACGCGCAGGAGAGGCUGAAGGACAUGGUCGUGGCGAUGGAGCCUUUCAUUACCUUUCUCAACCGCAUAGUCAUGCCGGACCCUGGGGAUACGAGCGACGAAGAGGAUGAGGCUGCGCCAGAGGAGAGCGAUGACGACGACGAGAACGAAGGAGAAGGAGAGAGUGAGGGCACUGAUUGA